AUGAAGAUUUUCAACAUAAUAACAGUGGCUCUGGCAUUGUUAGCAUUUGUGCCAAAGAUGGAGAGCGAAAUAAUUCCUAUCACUAAGGCUCCACGUCCACUUUGUGUAUCACAAUUUGCAUUAGUGAACUAUGCAUGUUCGAGGUUGCCUUUCAGCCCUGGAGUGCCACCAGAAUCACCUCCACCCCCAGAUGAUGAAGAGGAGGAUCACGGAAACAGCCACCACAAUCACAGUCACAGACAUAACCACAGACAUGGGCAUAGGCACCACCAGACCCCUGAUGAAGAUAACUGUUGCCGGUGGGCCAAGGAAGUGGACAACCAAUGCGUGUGUGAAAUUCUGGCUCGCUUGCCACCCUUCCUUAUCAGACCUGUGCAUCAGUAUACACUCAACAUUGGAGAAGGGUGUGACAUCACUUACUCUUGCGGUGCACCAAUCUGA